GGACAUUGUCCUUGUGUGGCUCUGCACGUCUUCUAUGCAUAAUUAAAAAUAAUUGUCCGUAAUUAUUUGGUUGAACUUUCCUGAAAAUUUAAAGCUAAUUGGCCGCUCCAAACUUAAGAUACACGCGAUUUUCCAGGUAGCCCUGUAUUACCCCAGUUUUAGACCAUAAGCGUGUCUUAGAUGUACUAACAGACUCCAUGCUUCACAGUUUAUGAGGGUCUGAUUGAUACAAGAAAAGCUAAUGAAUAUAUCCAAAAACAAAACUAUAAUUACAAUUUAAGAAUUUUUGUCACCCUCUAAUGGUGCAAAUAUCUCAGGACUGUCUGAUUGCAGGGACAAUGCAACCUGUGCAGUUGAACAGGAAAUUCUAGACCCCAGGUCAAUUUUCACAGUUACAGGGAGUCAUCCUCCUGGUAUAAAAACACCCAGGCCAACCACAUCUGAAUAUUUGGAUCAAGCACACAUGGCACAUGAAUCAUGACACAUUUUUUCUGGAGUCAAACUUCAGGCAGUUUCGGGUUCAAUGGUGAGUUACACUUCAUUUUGAUGAUAUAUUGUAUUACAAAUUAGACACAAAUCAAUUUUUAUCUUACGCAUAUCAUUUUCUGUUAAAUACUCAGUAUAUAUAUUAAUUCCAAGAUGAUUUUCAUAAUUUUGAAACAAUAUAUUGUAUGGUAUACACAUUACUGUGACAUUAAUUCUACAUGUUUUUUUACCAAACCUCUAAGUGAUUUGAAAAUUCUUUUGUGCAAGGUUGAAGGAGAACAUGCAAAUGGAAGCCAGACUGGAUGUGCUGAUUCAGAAGUAAAACAGCCCUCCACAAAGCACUCAUUGAUUUGAGUGACCACAGGAACCAGGUCACUGUAUGCAGAUAGCUUUUCCAGAAGGAGGCAAGUAAAAGAAGGCCACAAGAUUAUUAAGGGAAGAAGCAAAAACAAGCAUGAAAGGGAUUUUUGACACUGUCUUGGAGAAUCAACAACAUCUAGUGGAGUGUGAAGAUGAAAUGUUUAAUAGGUCGAGUCCUCAACCAUGCAAUUCCAUGUCUACGGCAACACCAUCAUCUGGAACAACAAGUGAUAGUCAUUGUAGCCACCUGCCUCCUUUUGCACACAUUCCAACUCCAAGUCCAGGGUCACCUGCAACAACAUCCACCACUAUGCCUCACCACUCCUCAGCACACCAAAGUGUUACAUAUGAGGGACAGAGAUGUUUUAUUCCAAACUAUGGUAUGACUUUGCCAAGAAUGCAAAGCAUUGAAAAAUAAGUAUCGACUUAAAUAUAAUAUCUUUAAUGAACAUAUAGUAGAUAGAGAGGCCAUUAGUAAAAUAUUGAUGUUAGUGGCUUUUAUAUACACUGUAUAUAUUAUGUUUAAAAGAUGAUAGAAAAUUGGCACAGUGGACUAUUUCAAGCAGGUCCCCAUUUUCCGACAGGUGUACAAUGACAUUGUUACAUAGCAGUAAAUUGUCAGGUUCUGAGCGUCAAUUGAGGUACGUAUACUUACAUGUAGCAUAUGUGUAAUCGAAAGCCAUAAGUAUUCCUGAAUUUAGUGUAAAACAUUGCAAGAUUCCUGAAUUUAACCUACCACUAAAGCCUUCUCAAAGAUGACAAUUUCUCACUAUGAAAAUGUUGCUACAUAUUACAGAUAAUUUAUAACCAAAACCAGUGUACAUGCCCGUACCUGAAAAUUGUACAGACACGAGGCCCUACAUUAGGAUUGAUUUUAAUGUUGGAAUAGCACAAUUGUACAAAGGAGAACAUUUUUAGAACUCUGAGUGCAGUGACAUACAUGUAUGAUUAAUGAUGACUGUCAGACUGGUGAGCCAAGAAACAAGGGCUUAAAUUAUAACACCAAAAAGGAAAAGUUUUUUUAAAAGUUUUUGUUGCUUGUGUCACUUUUUCAUAAAUUGCACCAUAAUAAUUUGUUCCAUGAAAUGUUUACUGGUAUUCUGAAGUAGGAAAUUAAAGAUAAGUUUACUUUAAGCAUUGCACAAUAUGGUGCAUUUUGGCCCUGUAGUACUGCUGAAAUGAGUCAGUUCAUGGGAAGCCAACUUGCCUUAUGAUUUUUCUGGCACAUCUCAUACCUCAUCCCAAUCUAUUUGAUAAGAAAACUGAGUCUGAUAGUUCAUUUCUGAAUCUGAACCCAGAUAUCUCAGAACUGUAUCUUCAGGGAUUGUACACUGAGAUGAGCAGGAAACUCCACCCCAGGUCAAUUUUCACAGUAACUUUAGACAGGGAUGUAAGUGAUUAAUGAGAUGUCAGACUGGUUAGGUGACACUUGAAUAAACAUGGCAGAGAGAUCCCCCAAAAAAGGAAAUAUUUUUUGUUGGUUUCUUUCAAUUUUGCCAAUUUUUUCACCUUGAUCCCUAUCAUCAUUUUUCAUUAUGUGUACUUUUACUUAAUGUUCUUAAGUGCAGUGCCGGGAGGAAAGAAGGAGGGGGCCUCAUUUCAUCUACAGGCGACCCCUUGGUGUAUUUUGUACCAAGCCCUGGUCUCCUAAUGAAUGACAGGUCAGAUGCUUGAUUUGUCUCGGCUACAUUUGGCGGGCUUUUUGUCUUCUCUGGAUAAACUGCUUGAGCAGCACUUGGAGCAUUUACCGAGCAGACAAGUUCCCGUGGAUUUUCAUCAUCAUGCCAACCAAAAGGCAGUUAGAAGCCAAACGUUUAGAGCCAUUCUGGUUCUAUGUGUGGUUUGGUUUGGAGGGGUCAAUGCUUGAGAGGAAGCACAUGAUCUCACCAGAUGACCUGUCCUUCAACAAUUUGGAACAGUUGAGGAACACUACUGUUCAGGUGCUUUGGGAGAAGAAGGUCUGCUCGGGGCAACUGAUCAACUGGACACCACCUGGUGAAAGAGACCGCUCAUGUCUGUCGGAGUUUGUCAUUGAGUAUGAGCGGGAGAAGACGAAGAAUGAAUCUAUUAACAGAGACACGAAUGCUGAUGCACCCAUUGAAAGACCACCCUUGGCCAGCAUCGAGAACACUCAGCUGUCCAAAGGACCAGCUCAGGAAGGACCAGGAAAGAAGCAGAAAACAAUGGCUCCAAAAGGUGCUAACAGCAAGAAGGGCAAGAAGUCUACAGCAGAUAAGGCGGCUGCAAAAUCUGCAAAGAAUGCAAAAAAGGCAAAGACCACCACUGCGAAAUCGGCUGGAGAUGACUUACAAAAGGCACAAACUGCCAACAACAGGGACAAGGCAGCUGAGAUGGCCAAGCUGAGCAUGGAAGAUCUAUCAGAGAGACCUGAUUCACCACCUCUGUUUGAAGAUGAUCCGGAGAACUGGCCUAGAGAAGACAAUGAGCCAGCCCCCACUGACACAUCUAGCGCCAUCCACACACCCAUCAUACACCCAGCCUCCACAUCUAGCGCCACCCACACACCCAUCAUACACCCAGCCUCCACAUCUAGCGCCAUCCGCACACCCAUCACACACCCAGCCUCCACAUCUAGCGCCAUCCGCACACCCAUCAUACACCCAGCCUCCACAUCUAGCGCCAUCCGCACACCCAUCAUACACCCAGCCUCCACAUCUAGCGCCAUCCGCACACCCAUCAUACACCCAGCCUCCACAUCUAGCGCCAUCCGCACACCCAUCACACACCCAGCCUCCACAUCUAGCGCCAUCCGCACGCCCAUGAUACACCCAGCCUCCACAUCUAGCACCAUCCGCACACCCAUCAUACACCCAGCCCCCACAUCUAACCCCUUCCGCAUCAGGGCUUCAUCUCCCACACCUAACCCCUUCCACUCGCCAAUCAUGGCUUCAUCCCUGACUAGCCUUAACAUCAGCCCCCCCCUCAUGUCUCGCCUGACAACCUCUCCCACCUUGCACAGCCAGGGCCAAGACCAGAUCAACUGGAUAUUCCCUGUUAAUGGCACUUCAGCUGGGCAGGUCCCCCAACCACUAGGUGGGCCACAACAUGGGGUGGCCAUCUAUCCCCAUCUCCUCACAAAGGCCAGAAACAGCGGGAAAACCCCUGAACAGUUCUUCAAGAUUCUGAUGGGGUUAUAUUUCACGGAAGAAGAACUGUUCAGGGGCAACCUGACAGGAGGUGGGGACCGGAACCAUCAGGCCCUGAAUCCUGCCAUCCUAGGUGCCAUUCUCGCUGAAACCCGACUGCAGUAUGAAGGCAAGCAAGUGGGCAUUUACAAAGUUGUUAACGAGAAGUGCUGCCGUGUGCGGGCCACUGUUAAGCGGCGGCUUAACAAACACAGGGCACUGCCUGACGACAAUCAGGAUCAAGGCAUUGGCACCGUCGUGUACGAGGCCCUGACUGAGUUGUCAUAAGCAUAUGAGUGUUUCCAUAUGAAUGUUUCCAUAUUUAGACUUAGCAAUGGUAAAUUUUCCUAGUAACAUCAUGUCAUUAAUGUGUUGAAACUGUUUUAUAUUUAAUAUAAAUUAAUACUCAGUCAGUGCCUGGUACUAGAUGCUGCCAACGCCUGGAUCCUGAUUGUCGUUUAUAUUAACUUUAAUACUAAUUUAGAAAUAUGGUAGCCCAGAAUGACAUCUUGUAUUGUCAAUGACAAUGUGUAUCCAUAUUCAAACGGAAAACAUUUUUUGACUUUUCGACUGUCCACAAAGGCUUAAAUUUACACUUACACAUUCAAUCAAAAAAGAAGUGUUCCACAUAAUCAACAACAUUGCAGACAGGACACUGACUGUCUGUCGUUAUACCCUGUUUACAUAAACGGACUCUUGUCGACUUCGACUGUAAACAUUGCAGUUUUGGCUCCUUCGUAACUCAAGACGAGGCUUCCCAUAUGGAUUUCCAUUGGAAAUCAAAAUGUACCGUAGAAGACGUUUCUCCCAAAGGCUUUGGGAAAUGGAUUCGACUAAUUUUUUUUAAUUAACAUUUUCUUAAAGAAACUGUUAUUUUGGAUUUGUACCUCUUUUGCAAUAGUAUAAGUCCAUGUUCUGCAUCGAAAUUAGAUAUUUCUCUCCAUUUUUGUGGGAUAGCGUUCACAAGAGUGUUGUAUUGAAAUAUUAAAUUGGAGUAAUUGCCUACUGUAUUAAGAGUAUCAUUUAGUGCUGUUACAUUACCUUGACCAUCAAUCAUAUCUUUGACAUACCUAAUAUUUCUGUUAAUCCAAUUACUAAAAUACAACAUAUUUCCUUUGUAAGUUCCACAAUUGUUCCACAAGAGUUGUGAUGCUAUAUAGGUUACAUUUUCAAUUUUUUUUCAUUUUCUUGUAGAAAUCAGGUAGAGACUGUACAAAGCUCUUAGGUUGUAGUUCAGACAACUGUUGUACUUAAAGAUACUCAGAUUUGGUCCAAAGGUAUGUAUAUUAAGUAACUAAGUUGGAUUUUUUUCCAAGUAGGAACAUGCAUGUCGGAAUAAAGAAAUUUUCUAACCCACUUUACGUUGCAUGGUCAAUUCUUAUAUGUUUAGACCACCUGCCGCAUGAUCCUGAAUAAUGACAUUUAUGUUUAACUGUCUUUUUUCAAUAAAAAUUUAAAGAAAAAUAUAUUGAAAAAUGUAAGAAAGUUGAGAUAUAAAGGACUAAACUUUUGAAAACCAUUAUUUUGCCCAGGAUACUUAAGUAUCUAGAUGACCAAGAAGACAAUAUCUUUUUCAUUUUACAAAAUUUGUUACUCCAAUAAUCGUCCAAUUGUCAACUAUUUUGGAAGCCGAGGUUGUGGAUGAAAAUAUACACCUAAACAUUUUACCCUAAAGGUCCAUUUCAGUCCGCCUAUCGUUUCAGAACUACCCACCCAAGGGCCUAGCCACAUGGCUUCUGUUUUCUCUUGGAAAAGAUAGAAAACUAUGUAAACUAUUCAACUAUGUCUAAAUUUUUCAGAAUUGAAACCUUAUCCCCCAGGACUAGCUCUGUGUCAUCUGCGUACUGGAAGAUAAAUGCUUCUUCUGUGCAGUCAUCAAAUGAUGGAAAAAGAAUUCAUUUUAUCUCAUCAGAUUGGCGAAUUCUGAGAGCAAAAUGCUCUACUGCUUAAGGUUAAAGAGGACAGCAAACAGGUGGCACCCCUGCCGUACUCCUCUUUCAAGACCGCGAUCCAAUCUGAAAGGUGUCCAGAAUGAUUGAGACAGCUGCUCUGUGCAUUCUAUGUGUAUUCUUUAACCCAGUUUACAAAGUCUGGACCUAGAUUGUAUUUCUGUAAACUUAAGUUUUUAGAAUGAUAUAGUAUCAAAUGCUUUACUAUAAUCCUUGAAGAACAAUGUACAUGUGCCAUGAUAGUCAAUUGAGAAACUUUUUAUCUUAUUUUUACCCAGUCCCACAUCAAUUGUUCUCACUAGACAUUGUACAUGUAGUUAGGCCAUGACCUGAGUAUUUUCAAUUCGCUACCUGUGGCAGAUGCGGAAGGUACUCAUGCAGCUGCCUCGAAAGAGACUGAAGCACCCGGGCUUGAGGAAUCCGUUCAGGACGACUCAGAAAGUCAGCAGAGCUGUUUGCGUGUUGCCGUGGUUAAAGGGUAUGAACGGAGGAAGUCUGUUUCAGACGAAAUGGCAUCUAUGGCCGAACAAUCGCACCGCCCUUCUUUUCCUACAUCUGAUGCAUACUAGCUAUGCCUACCAGGCCAA